CAGAGGAGGUGCUGGAGUUCAGGGAUUUUGAUCGGAGGAAUAUUGCAGAUACUGCAAUUCAUUGUAAAAAGCAUUACUGAAGUGGGUCGAUUCUAAUUCGAUUUGACAUUUACUUGCUGGAGGAGAAAUUCUAGAGGAGUCUCAACUCGAAGAGGAGCAAAUGGAUGGUCAUGGAUCAACACAAGGGCCACUGGAAAAGACGAAAGUGUGUUCAAGCAGUCAUCUCAAGAUUUCUGCAGCAAUUGAUUGUCAAGCUUCUGUAUGUAGGGAUUUUGGAGCCAUGUACUUGUUGCUGUAAACAAUGGGAUUUAGUCUUGACAAAUGCAGAGCAGAACUGGGACAACAAAAGAUUAGGGACUUGCAAUUCUUUGGAGAUUGUCACUAAAUUCUUUGGUUUACUACUGGAUUACUGCAUAAAAAAGGACUUGCAAUUGUUGAGAGCAAUGGGGAUUGGGGUGAGUAGCACAUGACACUAAAACUUGGUACAAGGACAUCCUAAAAUAUCAUUAAUUUCAAUAUGAAUUAGAUAAAGAGAAGUUGGUUAUGUUUUACAAUAGCAUGCUUGCUUUUUUACAUUAUGGAUUCAAGUGUAUUGGAGAAUAUUGUCAUGUUUUACAUUAUG